AAUCAAUUUGGGACCUUGCGGUUUGGAGCGGCUCACAAACAACAAGACUGUGGUUGACUGAAGAUGGAGUGUCCGGGCUGUGGAGAGACAGUGGGAGCCAAGCAGAAGUUUUGUCAUGAGUGUGGGACACGGCUGCCGAAGAGACAGAAAUUCCAGGACAUUGGUGAUGGAGGAGGGGUCGUUGUUCCUACAUCCAGUACAGCAUCUGCAGUGUUAGCAGCAAAACCUACAGAAGAGCCAGACAGCAACAAAGGAGGACCAGAGUCCUUGAAGGAUAGUACAAGCAGCCUACAUGUAGGAUGGGAGAGAUCUUUGCCUGAUAAAGGCCCAGUUUCUCCAGCCAUCCUGCUGGCAGAUUGCGUGCAGAAGUCCGUCCAGCUGGAGAGUCCUGUUCAAGAAACCAGUAAAGGGCUGCCAGGUGAUCUAGAGGCGAGGUGUCCUCCUAAGCCACCAGGUGAUGCAACAAAGACUGUAGCAGAUAAGUCUGACAAAGACGAAGAAUCACGGAAGGGGGAUGGGAAACUAAGUAAGGAAAGGGUUCAACAGGAACUGGCAGAGGACAAAGAGCCACAGUCCCAGGCUCUUGUUGGGUCAGAGGCAUCAGAGCAGGCUAAACCAGUUGCUGAAAGAACUCAGACCAAAGCUUACGUACAAGAAAUCAUUCACCACCCUCCCAAGGAUGAGCAUAGCUUAGAUACCAUCAAGGACACAGCCCAUGGAGAAGACAUGGAACAAGGGAAGGAGAAGACUUCAGUACCGGAGACUGGUCAGCCUGGUGAGGACACCCAAGACAUGCCUUCUGCUGAGACAAGCAUGGGAGAUGGAAAAGAUGAGGGAGACAGUCAGGAUGACCCUUCUACAUCUGAUGAUCAAGAUGACCCAGUAAAAACGAGAAAACAGAAGAAGGCGGAACGUAAGAACAGAAAGAGACGAGAAGCUGGAGACAUGACAAAGAAAGAACAGGAAAAUCAGUCCCCACCCAGUAAGACUUUACACCAACCGGAACUGACUGGCCAGGAUGAAGGAGGAUCAACAAUGACCUUGCACUUCCAUGUCCUUGUCUCCCCUGACUUCAAAAUGAAGCCAGAGCUCGAGGUGGAGAGGGUUCAUGUCAAAAGUGACAUAGUUGCCUGGAAGAGCCUUGCUGUGCUUGAAAUUACACGGAAUCUGAAAGAUGGUUAUCUGGUAGCAGAAGGCAAAUGCAGUAUGAAUCCUAAGAAGAUAAGCAACAAAGAUGUGCACUUCAAGUAUGCCGUUGUAAAACAAGAAGAGAAACCUGAGAAACGUGUGAAGUGGGAAUUCAUCCACUGUCACAUGAGCAAAAGUUUGAUUUUCAACAGAUGCUUCAAGCUUACACCUGAAGAGUGCCAAGCAGGAGGUGAAGUGCACCUGUACCAUGAUACAAUGCAAAUGGAGCAUGGAUCUGGAGUUAAGGAAAAGGUUAAGACACUCAUAGGUUGGACUAGUAGGGAGGAGAAAGUUGCCCAUGAUCGCCAGAUUGCCCUCCACACAUGGUUACCACAAUGGAAAGGCUUCACAUGUGAUGAAGAUGCUGAAGAGCAACCAGCAUGUGAUGUUAUGAAGCAUGUUGAGGAUGUGUGCCGUUGGAUGGAGAACAGCCCGAUUUCGGCUGACUAUCGUAUUUGGAAGUGGGAGCUUGGAAAGUUUUCCAUCACAAAAGUACUGAUGGAGUACAUCAGUCCGAAACUGGACCAACUGGAAAAGACGGAGCACAAGAAGGAGAGCCCAGAGGAAGCCCAGACACGAAUUGUGUCUGCCCUCUCCCUGUGUUGGCUGGUGAACAGGUUCAGUCUCGCCCUGACUGAGAAACAGGUACACACCCUGUUUGAGGGGCUCCUCAUCAGGCCUGAUGUAAAGGACAAAAGUUGCCACGAAGUUGAGGCCUUUUCUCUUCACUUCUACCAGGAUGGAAGGCUGAAGGAGGUCACAGAUGCGGUAGUAAACCUCAUCAACACUGCUAUGUCAGGAAAUGCAUUGAAAUCAAGGUGGCUGCUGGCCUUGCCUGUACUCCACUUUCUGAGGAAUGAGUCGUCGCCUUUCAAACCAGUAGUGCCCACAACAGACUUCCAGAAAGCUUCGCCGGAAUGGUUGGGAUUAGAAGGACUGGAGUACAGACGAUUCAAGGACGACAUCAGAGAUAGUUCCACAGAGAACUCACUGCUCCUUGCAGUAAUGAAAGAGCUUGACCCUGCCUUGUUUGAAGCUGACAGGCUGCUUGAGCGAUCAUGUGCAGCCAUUCUCACAAACAAGGAACUGUUGGACCUCCUGACACUGAAGCCAAUCAGCCUGCCAACUCUGUGUGCAGCCAUCGCUGUAAAUGUUGCAACUGGGUAUUCCCUAUCACUCCAGGAAGAUAGACAGGAGUUCCAGUCACUUCUUCAGGUUCUUGAGACAGCAACAGCACUUGCUGCUGGUAGUAGUGUCACUGAUGAUACUGCAGACAAAGGGGAUGAUGCAACAAGAAAAGAGGAAUGUCAAACCUUCUGCAUUGCGAACAAGGUGUUGCUGAGCUGUUUGGAUGUCUGCACAGACCUUGAUCAUCACCCGAUCCUCAUUGGUGCAGUACACCUGGCUGCUGCCUGUUUUUAUAAUCUUUGGACACUCCUGCACUCUGCAACAGAAGCCAAGGCACAAAACACGCUGACAAGUAUGGAGAAACUCGUUAAUGAGGCAACUUCCUUCAUGAUGACGUGGUUGGAUAAUCACCUGAUUAUGAAAAUCUCAGUCUCCUCUUAUGCGGAUGGGGAAGAGAGUAAGGUAUGGCAAGGUGUUCUCAGUGUAGACUGGGGAAAGGAAGAGGUGAACAGCUUCUGGAACGAAAUCCUACUGGGGAUGUUACAUCAGCGGCUCCUUGCUAUCACCUCAAUGGAAUGUGUGGAGCUGUUCUGUUCUCUGGACACCUCCACCUUCCCCCAGCACCUGGCACAGUGCUACAGCGAUGCAGCUUUUGACGCAGUGGACAAUAUUGUUAAGAGUGAGAAUGGUCAGCAGAUUGUUAACAGCUAUGCAAGGUCACCAGAUGAGUCCAAACGCAACUAUGGCUGCUUGUUCUCCAGAAUGCUGUGCCGAACAUGGCCAGCAACCAACGAUGGAAGAACACCACCAACAGACGAGCUUCUUCGACACAUGCUCACAUGGCAACCUUGUGCUGGGAUCCUCAAACUCUUUGGGGAGGUAUCAGACCUGGUGGCAUUCCUUGAUGUAGAGAGUCAAACCCACAUUGCCUCCUACAAGUCCCUCCUGGGCACGGCAGUCCAGGAGCUGACAAAGGGCAGCAUCAUCAUCAGCCACCUCCAGCUCCUCCUGCAGCACAGGAAACAGUUCCUAGAACUCUGCAAUGCCGUGGCUGUCAGCAGUACAAAGGAAGAAGAGGAAAGUAAAACCAAGAAGGCCAAAGGAAGUGGAAAGCGCGAUGCAAACAUGGUGGUGAAGGUGGAGGAUACUGCCUGGCCCCUCGAGCAGCUUGAAAAGGUUCUUGACUGGAGAGAAAGGGAAAUGGAUGCAAUCAAGAUGGAAACAAGGCAGAUUGAGUGUUUCCUCAGCAUGUGUGAAGACAUCAAACCAGUUGCGUGUGAAGAGCUGAAGCAAAAGGUCCGAAGAGACAAAUCAGCCAUGUCCCUGAGCAGGCUGUGUCAACUGGUGGCUGGCAACGACAUUGCCAAAGUUUCCUUUGACCUAACUCAACCACCCAACGUCACCUACUUUGGCAUCACUCCUGCGAUCAGGGAGAUGUUGUUCCAUCUGGAAAACCUCAGCAAAAGUACCGUCUUCAACAAGAUCUGGGAGAAGAUGAGACCAACGCAGCCUGGUGAAGAGGAGAAGGACCUACCCAUACUUUCUGUGGAUGGCGUUCUCGGCCAAGUGUGGACGCCUGCCUACCAGAAGUGGCUGGAACUGAGGCAAAACGUCCAAGAUGGAAAGAUCACACUUCAGGAUGUUGACGAGACGUUUGGGCAGUUCAAGAACGAGUACAGGAAGCUUGAGUACGAGCUGAAGAUGCUGGCGAAGAAUCCAAGAGAGGGAUGGAUCAAGGAGCGUGUGCUACAGAUACAGCAGUACCACCAGCUGAACAAGCACCUGGAUGCAGCAGAAGUGGUGAAAGACGUCAAGGAAAAGUACAACCUGAAGGGAGACUUCAAAGGAGUGGAGAUCCUGCUGCAUUCGAAAAACUGCAAGCAGAAUCCACUGAGUUCCAUCAACAGGAAAGUGGUGAAUGCAGGGAAGCUGCUGAGGGAGAUGACAGAGCAGAAGAUAGAUAGCAUCAGGACGUUUGUCAAGUGUCAGCGACUCGUGAACUGGCUGAGAACAAAGAUCCAUGGUACCAGGGAACUGAAGGUUCUGGCCAGCAUCUCAGCUGGAGAGAGUGACAUUGAAGUGGACAAGGUGAACUGCCUCCUGUCUGCCGGGGUGGGGUAUGCACCGCUCAUCUACGACCUGAACGAAGACUCCGACUUCGACACGCUGAUGAAAUGCUGCCGGCAGUUCUGGGCUGCCCUGAAGAAGGACAAACACCUGCCCAAGAAACUGAUGGACACCUGUCGUAACCUGAAGUGGCUGAAGGAAGUGAGUGACUCCCAUGGUUCUGUGGAGAUGUCCUCCCUGUCUCAGACAGAAGCCAUCAAUGCCAGGGGUGUCUACGAGAUUGGCUGCUUUGGACAAAAUCAAUCUCUGAAUGACUUGGAGUCAGUGGUCCGAUUGCGAGUAGAAGGAGCAGAGCCUAAGGAUGACAAUGAUGAUGAUGAAGACAUGGCUGUGAAGGAGUACAACCUGUCCAUGCUGAAGAGUCUACAGAGUAAACUCAUGCUGCUGGCUGGGACAGCUGACAAGGGCAGCCAGGAAGUGGACAGAUUUGUGGAGAUUCUGACAGGUGUGACGAGACUUGGCCAGGCCUACGUUUACCUCUACAAUGCCGGAGCAGUCCUGUUCAACAACUGGAAUGCAGUCGUGUACUGCGAAGGCAACAGAAAGGUCAAGGUCAUGGUCAACUUUGGCUUUGGCACAGAAGCCCUCCACGGCACAAGGGCAGCCGUUGAGGACCAACUGACCCAACUGGCUAAGUACAUGGAGGAGUGUCUGGACAAGUGGCUUGGCACCAUGGACAAAGCCAGGCUGGAGUACGACGAACUGAAUCACUUCACCACCAAGCAGAUCGUGGUUCUCCGUAAAGCUCUGGCAAUGAUCAACCUCAAUGAAAUGGCAACCCCCCAAGUCCUGGCCUUGUUGUCCAGCAUCAAGCCACUGUGCACUGAGGAAGACAUCAGGAAGGCCAUGUCACGUGUUGUGGGUGACGUUGAAGCAAUGGAAGAAGAGAACGUAGAAGAAGAGCAAACGAAUGAAGAGACAGCAACUAUGUUGUUCAUGGAUGAGGAGAAAAGAGAGGAGUUCGUGGAGAAGCUGAAACAGAAGGUGGCUGAUUUGACGGAUCGCGUUGCCACGGCAGCCAUGAAGGCUACCAAUGGAGACAUGGAAAAGGCUGUCAGUUGGUGCAUCAGCAACAUGGAUGAGGACGAGAUCAUCGACAAGUACCUCAACAGCAAUGAGGGAGAGGAGGAAAAAAUGGUUGCUGAAAAUGUGGAAGAUGUGAUUCCAGAAAUGGUAGAAGACAGCAGUAUCAUGAUGUUAACUUCCAUACAGGAACCCGUGUCCCUUGCAGGCUUCACCAGUAUGUCACUGUCCAGAGAGGAACCCAGGAAAGAGACGAUGAUCAAAAGAAUGGAGUCAGUUUGGAAGGAGUACCUGACCACUGUCAAGUCCACCACGUUUGAGGAGUACAUCAGCAUUGACCACCUGGCCUUGGUGCUGAGGAAUCUUGCCAGCACUGCAAAUAUCGCUCUAGGUCGACACUGGCCAAGCCAUUUCAUACAUGCGGGCAAGCCCAACCUUGUAGUGUGUCCCCAAGAUGACAUCUGGCAGACAGUGUUGUCCCUGUACAUGCAGGGCCAGACCAGACAACCUCUCCCCUCCUUCAGGGAGGUGCUCAUCUGUACUCCACACACUUCUCUGGAAGAGGUGGUCCUCCUGUGGAGAAGAGCUGUAGGAGACCAGACUGGAGGGAUCUUCUGUCUGGUCGCUGCUGACCAGCUGGACUAUGAUGUCAGCGUCAGGGCAGAGGAGAUGAGGUGCAAACUCUUCCAAGGAAAAUCAGACUACCAUGUCGUUGUAGUGUGUGCAUCAGAGAGACAGCACCAGUCGUACAUGGUGACUGCCCUGGACCAGUACAAGGUGCCCAUCCCACAUGUGUUCUCCCAUGAGCGCAUACAGGAGUAUCUGCUGUCACAGUUCCAGCUGCAGCACGCUGGCUCAACUCUGUUGGCAUCCAUGGUAGAUCACCAACGGUCGUCUGUACGAGUGGUAUCUUCCCAGCGUGCAGGUGUCGGCAAGUCCCUUGUUGUCCAGUGUCUCUCUGAAGAACUAAGGAUGAAGCUUCCCAGGAGGCUGCGGAGGAGACUGUCCUACAUCAAAGUUCCUCUGCACGAGGCUACUGUGAACAACGAUGCAGUUCUGGAGGCGCUACUCCCUCAUUCUGUCAACCCAGCCAGCCCCUUUCCUCGAAUCAUCCAUCUGGACAUCUCUCCAUUGGUUCAUAAUGGAGUGGACUGCCUGCUGUUUAACCUGUUGGUGUUGGGUAGUCUGGUGGGGAGGGACGGGUCUGUGUGGAGACGUCUCCCCUGGGACCUGUAUGUGGUGGAACACACCUACAAACCACAGCCUGCUGACACACAGAAGAACAGAGAAGAGCACAAGUCUUUUGUGUCCAUGCUUCCAAGUGUGACUUGUAUAUCUCCCAGACAGACCUACAGCUUGCUGACAAAAAAGCAACAUGAUAUUCCAGGUUCGCAUCAGGUGAAUGAGGUGAUGUUCAGGAGUGUGGAGUACCAGCGUCCGUACCAGUACCUCCGGAGGUGGAUGGCCAACAUCAACCUGGACACCUUCGUGUUCACACCCACCAGCACAGAAGGAACCCAUCAGGAAUUCCUACACACAGUUCUCAGUUACUGUGGCAUGGAGGAUCCAUCCUGGGCUGAGCUGCUGCACUUCCUGUCCUUCCUGAACUACCAGCUGCAGGACUGUGAAAACUCUGCCUUCUGUUUGGACGUCAACAGAGACGUCUUCCCUGGCUUCAGGAAGUUUGUUGUGCAGUUCAUGAUUAUCAUGUCCAAGGAUUUUGCUACUCCAUCCCUGAACAUGAGUGACCAGAGCCCUUCCCUAAAGGCAUCUCCUUCCGAUGAUCAGAAACAGGCAGAGAUUCAACAGUUACAGCUGAGGAGAACCUGGGAGAACAGCCCUCACCCAUACCUGUUCUUCAAUGCUGACCACAACACCAUGACAUUCCUGGGGUUCUAUGUGGAUCAGGCUGGGAGUGUGGUCAACGUUUCUGGAGAGACUCUUCUGCAGAAUGUCAUAUCUACUGACCUGUACAAGGGACUGACUCGCCAGCCUGAUGUCCAGUUCAAUGUCAACUUUGAUGAACUGGAUAGAAAUGAAAAAAUUAAGACGUUGUGCUUUGUGAUGGGCAUUCACCCGUCCAACAUAUAUGAUCCUGACCCAUCCUACGAACUAACAACAGACAAUAUCAAGAAGAUCCUGGCCAUACAGAUGAGGUUCAGGUGUAACAUCCCUGUCAUCAUCAUGGGAGAGACGGGCUGUGGGAAGACCUGGCUCAUCAGGUUCAUGUGUCACCUUCAGGCAGGUCAUGUCAAGGGCAAGAAACGUCCCAAGAAUAUGAUCAUCAUGAAGGUCCAUGGUGGAGUGAGGGCAGAGGACAUCAUACGUAAGGUGGAGAGAGCUCAGCAGAUCGCCAGGGUCAACAAGGACAGGCACAACAUCGACACUGUGCUGUUCUUUGAUGAAGCAAACACCACAGAGGCCAUCGGUCUCAUAAAGGAGAUCAUGUGUGACGGGACCAUUGCAGGGCAGCCUCUCAACAGGCAAGAUGGCUGUCUCAAGAUAGUCGCUGCCAUUAACCCAUACAGAAGACACACAAAUGACAUGAUCAGGAGGCUGGAGGAGGCAGGACUCGGCUACCAUAUCAAGGCCACAGAGACAAAGGACAGGUUUGGUCACAUCCCCCUGCGUCAGCUGGUGUACCGUGUCCAGCCCCUCCCCCCCAGCAUGUUGCCGCUGGUCUGGGACUUCGGCCAGCUCAGCAGUGAGGUGGAGGAGAAGUACAUCGUGCAGAUGGUCAACAGAUGCUUCCAGAUAAAAGCUAACAACCUACCUGGUACCGGUAACACACCGAAUGUUGUGAGUGCUGUACUGGCUGCAUCCCAGCGGUACAUGCGGAGCAAAAAGGAUGAGUGCAGUUUUGUGAGUCUGCGUGAUGCGGAGAGGACCCUGACAGUCCUGUGUUGGUUCUACCAAAUGUCUGGCAAACUGAGGGAACUAAUGCCAGAUACAGGGGGGAGCACAAGGUCUAAUGUACAUGCACAAAUAUCUGACUUCACCAGAGCUCUUGUCCUAGCCAUCGGUGUCUGCUACCACUCCCGUCUGGAGACCAGGGAAGAGUACAGAGAUUGUGUGGCGCAACAUUUCACAGACACCUGCCUGCUUCCCCAGGGACCCCAGACAGUGGAACAGGAGAUAGACAGAUGCCAGGAGGCGUUCCUUGCUGAGCUGAAGGACCAGCUGGGAGCGAACAUCGCCUGUAACACGGCGCUGAAGGAGAACGUGUUCAUGAUGGUGGUGUGUAUCGAGCUGAAGAUCCCGCUGUUCCUGGUGGGCAAGCCGGGCAGCUCCAAGUCUCUCGCCAAAACCAUCGUGGAAGACGCCAUGCAGGGAGACAAUGCACCUUCAUCCUUGUUUAAAGGACUCAAAGAGGUCCAGAUGGUUUCUUUCCAGUGCAGCCCUCUGGCCACACCAGAAGACAUUGUGAGAAUUUUCCGACAGUGCAGUAAGUCCCAGAAGGACAAGGACCUGUCCCGCUACGUGUCUGUGGUCGUGCUAGAUGAGGUGGGACUGGCAGAGGACUCACCCAAGAUGCCCCUCAAGACCCUGCAUCCACUGCUGGAGAAUGGGUAUGAGGAGGAAGACCAAGAUGAAAAUGAAGAUGAGGAAGAAGCCCCAGAUCAGACAAGGUCCCACAAGAAGGUAGCAUUUGUGGGGAUCUCCAACUGGGCUCUGGAUCCUGCUAAGAUGAACAGGGGCAUCUUUGUGUCCAGGGGGAAACCGAAGAGAGAGGACCUGACAAAGAGUGCAAGGGGUAUCUGUGAGAAUGACGACCAUGUCCUGGCCAGUAUGAAGACUCUCCUCCCACACCUGUGUGAGGCUUACCUGAAACUCUACAAUUCUCAGGACAGGGAGUUCUUUGGCCUGCGAGACUUUUACAGCCUGGUGAAGAUGGUAUACGGUUUCUGUAAGAGGUCAGGGAGACCCCCCACCAAAGCUCAGGUGGUCCACGCCGUGCUGAGGAACUAUGGAGGCAGGGAUGGCAUGGACCCACUGCAGAUGUUUGAACAAGUGCUGGGGACACUCCCAGAUGACAAGCGUGCUGAUGACCCAGACUGCACCCCCAGUGGUCUGGUCCAAGCAAGUGUCCAGGGCAUGCACUGUGAAGGGGAGAGCCGUUACUUGAUGGUUCUAACUCAAAACUAUGCAGCGCUGGGGAUCCUGCAGCAGGAGUUACUGUCCAUGUCUGACACAGUCAUCAUCUUUGGCAGCAGUUUUCCUAAGGACCUGGAGUACACACAGGUGUGUCGCAACAUCAACCGUAUCAAGGUGUGUAUGGAGACAGGGAGGACUGUGGUGCUGCUCAACCUGGAGAACCUGUACGAAAGUCUUUAUGAUGCCCUCAACCAGUACUAUGUGUACUUCGGAGGUCAGCGGUACGUGGAUCUGGGUCUGGGCUCAUCACUUGAUCAUGACAGGUUCAAAUGUCGAGUCCACCAAAACUUCAGGCUGGUAGUUAUUGCAGAGAAGGACAUUGUGUAUGAGAGGUUUCCCAUCCCACUGAUCAACCGGCUGGAGAAACACUUCCUGGCCAUCUCCACUGUUCUGACCCCCCAGCAGAAGGCCAUCGCUGACAGGCUGGAUGGACGGGCCAAGGCUUUUGCCACACAGAGGACUGCACCUUAUGAAACUGUCAAGGACCUGUACACAGUAGGAGAUGCCUUUGUUGGUUACCAUCCUGACACGGCCGCUACACUGGUGUUCCAGGUCUGUUCAGAGAUGAGUGGGGUAGACACAGAUGACCCUUUACUGGAGGAAGAGAUACUUGAGAAGGCGCAGGACCUUCUCCUCCAGUGUGCCACACCAGACGCUGUGGUCAGGCUGUCCAAGUCCAAACUGUCGUCAGAAGAAGCUGCCCUGAAGGACAAGUACUUCAAUCAGCAGCACCACUCCUGUCUGCAGAAGUUCCUGUGUCACAGGAUCCACCAGGCUAGACAGGCAGGAGGGUGGCAGCAGGGCAUACAGACACAGGUGACCACCCACUCCAAGCUGCUGUCUCAGACAGAUGCCCUGAGUCUGGCCACAGCUCUGGACCUGCCGCCAUCUCAUGUAGCGGUCAUGUCACUGCAACAGUUCGACACUGAGCUUCAGUUCUGUAAGCAAAUCAGAGAUUUCCUGACAUUAACACUACGCGAGGAGUCCGUCCUGGUGGUCCAGUGUGACUCUGGCCACACCAACAGUAACCUGAUAGCCUGCGCCCGGUACUGCGUGCAGGACGAACAGACACAGGUGGGCAACACCACGGCUCACCUGGUCUUCAUCGUGCAGCUGCCCCGCCUGCCGGGAGGCUGCUUCGUGGGGUUCCAGGGCGGCAGGUGGACGUGUGCACACAUCGACAACCUGCAGCCGCCGCAGAGUGACGCACCUGACCCUGCCCAGAUGAUAAACAAGCCAAUCAGUCAGCUGCUGGGGGGGCACAGGAAGGAGGAUGACACACGCUCCAUGGAUGUGGAUGCUGUUGACAGAUCAGUACAGAUGGAGGAGGAGGAUCCUGUCCUUGGUACUGACGCUGGUGUGGAAGAGGACAUGGAUGUAGAGGAGGAUGAAGAACCCCGGGAGGUUGCCAUGGAGAGAGAUGGAGGGGAUACUCUGGAGGGGAUGGACCUGGAUGACAUUGAGCUUGAACUCACUGCACAAAAGGAAGAGGUGUCUGUAUUGGAUGAUAUGGUGCUCCUAGUUAGCUGUAUCCAGGCAACAGCCGCCAUGCUGAAGAAUCCAAAGGAUCUGCCAAAGGAAAGGACUGUAACCAGGAUUGAGAAGCUCAAGGACCUUCUACAGGAGAGAAUGGAGAAAGGUCCCAGUUUCUGUGAUGUGGUGAAGGCUCGCAUCGUGCAGCUGCUGGAAGAAAAGGAGGAAAACAAACCAGAUGGAGGCGUGAACUGGCUGACUAAUGAAGCUGCCACACUCAAGGCUAUCACAGAAGCAGGGACACUCAGACAGUCUGCCUGGAACCACCUGUCCUCAGUGAUAGCCCCUCUGCUGGCUGAGAUUGUUGCCUACGCUGACAGGAACUGUAACCUGGACCACAUGGUCACCCCUGCUGGGGAAUGGACCGUUCCAAUCUUCCUGGACAUCCUGAGAGACCAGAACCUGGUGCCUUUCCACUACAGUGACAUGCUGUCUCCUGUUAUGAACGUACAACGGCAAAAGAUCCCAGUGCUGAGUUCAGGAUGUGGAGAGCAGCUGUUUGAGUGUAGGGUGCCCUUCUCCUGGGUCAUCCGAGGUCAGGUGGACGCCAUGCUGAAGACUGCACAGAAACUGGAAGGAUCAACUGUUGACAGUCCGGAUCAGGCACUGCCCAGACUGUUUAGGGAGUCUACAAUCGGCAAGAUUAUCCACAGAGCAGCAGAACAGGACCAGAGUGAGGAGGACAUCGCUGCCAGAUAUCUGCACGACUACGUGUGGAUGACUUACAGGAUGGUCACUACGUCUGUUGAAGAGAUAAAGAUGGUCUGCAGUGCAGUGAAAUUGUCAGCCAAAGAGCUCCAUGCCCAGUCUGGAGCAAGAGAGCCGUUCUGCCUGACCAUCCCAGCUGUCCACGCGGCCUUCAGCCGUGUGCAGGGCCGUCUGCACAACCUGGCCCAGCUCCUGGAGACCACGCCCAGCCUGCUGGACAUACUCUGUACGCUGGACUUUCAGUCAGAGACAUCAAUGACUGUAGACACCACAGCAGUGCUGGCAGUGUUAGAGGGCCUGACACCAGACGCACACAACAUGGCCACCCCUGAGGAACGACAGAGCUGGCUGGGGAAGAUGCAGUGUGUGGCUCCUGUGGUGGAGCGGGUCUUCGCUGCUGCUGCCUCCCCCGACAACAGUGUGUGCUACGGGGAGAAGAGUCUGACUCAAGUAAACAUGGCAAGAUUCCUGUGGAUCAGACUGCAGACCCUACAGAUGUUCAUGGAACACAUGUUCACUGCUGCUGACAGUGAGGAGUCCCUCAGCACCAUGCAGAUGGAAAGGCUGUGGGAGAUCCUCAGCAGUUUGAAUGAUGAUUUCAAGAGUGUGAAGACCAUGAAGAAAGUUGAAAGGUUCCUGAAAUCCUGCAAUAGUGACGCUGCUACCAAAUACUUCAGUGGAGGGGUUCGAGACUGCAUGAUUUGCAAAGAGGUGUUAACGGAACCAGUGAAGCUGCCAUGUCACCAUGUCGGCUGCCAACGUUGCCUGCGCACAUGGCUGACCCCUGAUAAACUGAGCUGUCCACUGUGCCGUGCUGCAGUGCCCGGAGAUUUCCAGUGUACCAUUACCUUGGAACUCAGGGAACCAGUUGAGAAGUACAAUGCCUACAGACGUUGCUGCAACUCUUUCUUCAUGGAGCUAGUGUCUCGCUUCUGUUUCUCUGGCGGCACGCCUCCAGAGGCAGGCGUGGUGGAGAUGCUUCUUGGCUAUGUCGUGAGAAAGAGUCAAGGAGAAAGUGCUGCCAAAACCAAAAAAUUCACGCCAUUCGAGGAUGAUUGCAUCGACCAGACACCUAUCAUCCGCUCAUUCCUACUGCAACUUCUGCUCCAAGCAAAUUCCCGGGAAGUCAUUGUUCACAUGGAGAAGUACCUGCAGGCUGCCAGAGGCUUUGUGGUGGAGAAGCAAGAGGUCAUUGAACUCUUGGUCAUCUUCAUCCAAUGCAUGGAGGACUCUUACAAGCAAGAAGCUGCCCAGUCUCAUGACACAGAGACAGCAAUGGUUAGAGUUGCUGUCUCCAAACUCCAGCAGGCCGGCAGGCAGGCACAGCAUAACCAUCCGGGUCUGUCCGUGGCCACACUGCUGUUUAUUGCCAACAUACGGUUUGCACUGUCUGUCGCUGCACAACUCCUACAUGAAUAUCAUGGGAGGAGGGCUCUCUCAGUGCAAGAGGAGAAGAAACUGAUGAAGAAGACACAUUACAGGUUGACCAAGAUGCUGUUGGACCAGGCCUGCCAGCUGUGUAAACAGCUGGAGUGGUCGCUGGUGUUCCUUCUGAAGCAGCUAUACCGCAGCUAUGGCAUGGACAGUCUGCUGAGCGUGACAGAACAGGCACAGCUGCACCAGCACCUGCAAUGGAUCAUCCCACCUAAGGCCAGGGGUGGGAAGGAGGUCAUCCCAGAUCGCUUCAUCAUGUGUGGAGAUGACUACCGACGGCUGAGGGAAGAACUGGCCAAGUCCAUGGCCACUAAGAAGAUGGACGCUGUCAAUGAUGUCCUCCAGGCUAUGAACAUUCCUGAAAAUGUGCGAGAAGUUCACCUCCUGCUGGCGCUGUACCGUGAGGUCACGGUUUCCCGAGCCGACACCAACCAGGCCCGCCAUCCAUCCCAGGAUUACAUCACUGUCUCACGCAAGUACCUGCAUGACUCUCCUGUCCUCGCCAACAAGCAGCUCGCUAUGGAACUGUUGUACAACCAGGGUGGUGGUAAUCUUGCCCUUACAGUGACACCAAACCAGCCGCCCAUCCAGAGGACCCUGUCUGCACUAGUGAUCCACACUGCUGCUGUUCUGGGUACAGGUGUGGGAGGUGUUCUACUGCCACUCCAGACCCUCCUACAGAACCCACAGAACCACGCUGUACAUCAUUCUUACUUCCCAACUAUGCCAGAAGACAUGUUGAUGGAGGUACGUCAGGCGCUAGGAGCACAGUCACUCGGCUGGUACCAGUGUACUAACGGACACCCUUACUCCAUCGGCGAGUGUCAUAAACCCAUGGAGGAAAGCCGCUGUCCUGACUGUGGGGCGGCCAUUGGAGGGCUUGACCACCGUCCUGUCCAGGGAGUGCAGGAUGCUAGAAACAAUGAUGCCACCAGACCUGGUCACAUCCUGGGUCCUGCAGCAAACAGGCCGGCUGUGCCCAUCGCUGAGCGAGACUUGACCGUUGUGGCCACCUGUGUUGUCAUACUGGUCAUGCAUGCAGCCAUGGUCAAGGCUGCAACCAAUAAUCCUCAGGGUGUUGUUAAUGUGAUCGACCCCAGACCGCCCAAUCUGUCACAGUUCCUGUGGCAGCACCUUGAACUUGACCUUCAGCAGCUGGGCCGUGCCCUUGGGAGGAGUGCAGACGAUGCAGCCCUGUUCAUGCACCUCAUCCUGCACAACCUUCUCACACCGCAGGCACAAGCAGCGGCUGCAGGUGACUGGUCCUCCAAGGCUAGGCGGACUCAGUGGGAGAAGGCCUUCAUGGUCAGAUGUGUCAACCCCAUCCUACACCAGGGUCUAGACGCCAUGCUGCAGCAGGCCAACGCAGCCCUGCACAACGACGACCGACUCAGUAACAACCCGCUCCUGCAGCUCCUGUCUGAGGAGGUGACCCUCAGCGAGAGGCUGGACCUGGACAGGCUGGCAGACCUGCCAGAGAUGUGGAGACACCGGCCGCAGAUCAACCUGGAGAGUCUGACUCAAACCAUGGCAGAGAACCAGCUGCAGCUGCCUGUGCUGGAGAAGUUCAUUGCUGAGAAAGAGGUACUGGAGGCCAUGAGACACCUGCCAGACAUCCUCCGUCUGCAGAAGCUGCUCAUCACCCAGUAUCAGGGACACAUUGAUGUAGCCGAGGCAAUGUCCAUCAAGGUCAGCGACUUCCUCAACAAACAGCCUAAAGGUGCUGUGUACGAGGAGUUCCGGCAGCUGGUGGAAAGUUUCCGUGUCACCUGGAACCUGAUACGCCACCUGCUGGCCAGAACCACAUCUCAGGCAGUGACGAGAGAGCUGUGCCAAACAACCUUUGACCCCAUCAGGACCAGCCUGUACCAUCUCCUCCCCAUCAAGAGAACCGUUGUGCCGACCUCCUGCUCCACAGCGCUGGUGCUGUUCCUGGCCAGCGCACACAACAGCUUUGUACAGGAGACACAGGGUCAUGCAGUUGCACAGAACUCUGGGUAUGAAUAUACAUGUAUAACACACGUACAUGUUCUAAAUGAGCAGAUUCUGAAGGACUAACAAAACAUUGCC